AUGGACAAGAGUUGGAUGUCAUUAGGUAAGACUGCAGAUGGGAGAAUGAGUCAGCCGUAUCGUGACGGUGUAAUGUCAUUUCUUCAUUUUGCUGUGAAAGUUGUGGACCAAGAAGGCUAUAUUAUGUGCCCAUGCAUGAAGUGUGUAAACUAUUGUCGGCAGUUACCUAGACAUGUGCAAAUACACUUGCUCCAAUAUGGGAUUAUGCAAAGCUACACUAUUUGGCAUAAGCACGGGGAACCUCGUAUGUUAGAUGAGGCUCAACAUCAUUACGAAAUGAAUAGCAAUGAGUAUAGAGAAUUGGGUGGUAUUGAUGCACUGGUAGAAGACCAAAUAAGAGGGGACUCAACCAAUACAAACCCGAACGAGGAAGUGCAAAGCUUUGAAAAACUAUUAAAUGAUUCCAGGAAGGAGGUGUACCCAAGUUGCUCAAGUUUUACUUUGUUGAGUUUUGUUAUUGAGUUGUUUAAUUUGAAGGUAACAAACCACAUGAGCAAUAAAGCAGUUGACUUAUGGUUGCAUUUUUUGAGAAGACUUUUACCAGAGGGGAACUUAGUUCCCAAGUCCACCCGUGAAGCUAAAAAGAUACUACGUGACUUAGGUUUGUCAUACGAGCUCAUUGAUGCAUGUAUAAAUGAUUGUGUGCUUUUUUGGAAAGAGAAUGCAAACUUGGAUAAAUGUCCAAAGUGUACGGUAUCUAGGUAUAAAAUUAAUGGUAGAAGGGGAAAAAAAAUCCCUCGUAAGAUUUUGCGUUACCUCCCCGUGACUCCAAGGUUGAAAAAACUAUACAUGAAUAAGAAAUUAGCUAAGGACAUGAGGUGGCAUAAGGACAAGCGUGUGGAUGAUGAGGAAUGGAUGCAUCCAGCUGAUGGUGAUGAGUGGAAGGAGUUUGACAUACAACAUCCUGAGUUCGCAUUGGAGCCUCGCAACGUGAGGUUAGGGAUAGCCAUUGAUGGGUUCAAUCCAUUUGGGAACAUGGAUAAUUCCUAUAGCAUAUGGCCGGUCAUUCUCAUUCCCUACAACUUACCACCUUGGUUGAUUAUGAAAGAGCCAUUUCUCAUGUUAUCAUUAUUAAUUCCUGGAGAUAAGCAACCAGGGAUUGACAUCGAUGUAUAUAUGCAACCUUUGAAAGACGAGUUAGAGGAGUUAUGGAAUAAUGGGGCAUUAACGUAUGAUGCCUCAAGUGGUGAGAGUUUCCAGAUGCAUGCAACUAUGUGGUGGACAGUACAUGAUUGGCCUGCAUUUGGUGACAUAUCUGGGUGGAGAACAAAGGGGCACUAUGCUUGUUACCCUUGCAAUGAUGAACCCUUCUAUGAAUCUUUGAGAAGUAAGACUGCGUACCUUAACCAUCGAGCCUAUUUGCCUGACAACCACCCUGAACGGCGAAAGAAGGUGGCCUACGAUGGUAAGUGUGAAGAACGAAAGAGAUCUUUGGAGUUGCCAGUGCAUAAGAUAGAAGAGCAAUUGAAAAAUGUACCAAAGAUCUCAUUCGGAAAAGAUCCGAACAACAGAAAAAGGCCUCGUUAUGAACCAAAUUGGACAAAGGUUAGCAUCUUGUAUGAUAUGCCAUGCUGUAAGAAUCGAAAGCUUUUACAUAACAUUGAUGUCAUGCAUGUGGAGAAAAAUUUUGGUGAGGCACUUUGUGGAACUAUGUUGCGCAUUGAAGGGAAGAAUAAGGAUACAGACAAGGCUCGAAACGACUUGGAAGAUAGGGGCAUACGAAAAGAGUUGUGGUUGACACAAUGUCCCGAUGGUUCAUAUAUCAAGCCUCGCGCUAGUUUUUCAUUAACACCUCAACAAAAAGAGGAGUUCUUUGAAUUCUUGAAAUCAGUCAAGUAUCCGGAUGGCUAUGCUGCAAAUAUAUCAAGGUCAGUAAAUGUGAGAAAUGGCAGAUUAACAGGUUUGAAAAGUCACGACUACCAUGUUCUCAUACAACGAAUUCUUCCUAUUGGAAUGCGGGGUUUUGUGGACAAAGAGAUUAGCACAACACUGUUUGAGUUAGGUAGCUUUUUCCAGGACGUAUGUUCCAAAAAACUUAAGCGGUGUGAAAUAGAGAAAUUGGAGGAACGUAUAGUGCAUAUUCUAUGCAAGCUUGAAAAGAUCUUUCCUCCUGCCUUCUUUGAUAUAAUGGUGCACUUGGCCGUUCAUUUGCCACGUGAGAUUAUUCUCGGAGGACCCGUGCACUUUCGGUGGAUGUAUCCGAUUGAAAGGUUUCUAGGGAAAUUGAAGAGGUUUGUUUCUAAUAGAGCUCGACCAGAAGGUUCAAUCGUAGAGGCUUACAUUGUCAAGGAGUGUAUAACAUUUUGCUCAAUGUAUUUGGAUGGAGUUGAAACAGUGCAUAAUCGACCCGAACGAAAUGAAGAUCUUGGUGUACGUCGCCAAGGGUUGACGGUAUUUACAGGAACAGCUCGUCCUAUUCUCCCAAUCACUAGAGAUGGUCAGAUGUCACAAGAACUUCGUGAUAUUGCUCAUUGGUUCUUGUUGUACAAUAGUCCGGAGUUGGAGAAGUAUUUAGAGGAACACAAGAAUUUGUUACCUAUUCAAGCUGGAGAAAACAUAACUCAGAAGCAACGAAAAGAAUUUCCCAAAUGGUUCAAAGAUCAUAUGAAUAGAUUGAGAGUUGAAGAGUCACCGGAGGCAACUGAUGAGUUGUGGUCGUUAGCGAAUGGUCCUAAUUUGUUAGUGAAGGAGUAUUCUGGUUGCAUAAUCAAUGGCGUAAGGUUCCACACAAGGGAAGUAGAUGAUCGUCGAACGAGUCAAAAUAGUGGUGUGCUUGUAGUUGGCGAUCACGAGGGUGAGAUGCAUGACUUUUAUGGUCACUUAAGCAAAGUUUGGGAAUUUGGAUACAGAUGCAGUAAUAAAGUUGUAUUGUUCCAAUGUGAAUGGUAUAACACUGGCAACACUGGUAGAACCAGAACAAUACGAACAGAUGCACAUUGUACGAGCAUUGAUGUCACAAGUCGGUGGUAUCAAUCUGACCCUUUUGUUCUUCCUAGCCAAGCGAAGCAAGUCUUUUACCUAAAUGAUACUAAAUGGGGUAAGCCUUGGCAAGUCGUGCAACAAGUCCAACAUAGGGGAAUGUUUGAUGUUCCAGAAGUUGAUAAUGACGAACCUAGGUAUCCCAUGGAAUGCGAUGAUGCAUUCCAACAAGAGAGCAUUACCUCGGUUGUUCCAGUCGAUGUUGAAGCUGAAGUUCAUUGUCAUAGGGAUGGUGCUGAAGACGAAGUUGUGUUGGGGAUUGGGCCAUUAGAUGAAACAAUAGAGGAGAGUGGUGAUGAUGAAGACGAUGAAAUACCUGAUGUGGAAAUGGAUCCUGAUAUGGAUUAUGAUAUGUAGUUAUGUUUUUGUGUAAUGUGAUAAAUGUCCUUAAAGUCAUGA